GUUCUACGACACUCGAGGAUCUCAAUGAUGAGACGCAAAUUCUCGAGCGUAUUGCUGUGACCAUUCCCGAAUGGUACACAGAGACGGGAAAAUUGCAAACGAUUCUACGCCGAUUCGACGUGCUCCAGCUGAGUGAGUUCAUCGCAAUAGUACUGUCGAAUAGGUACUAGUACUAAUUGAAUCUGCUCUACGGCGAUAUUGUUCUCCAGGAUCAUAGGAUCAUAGUUGUUCCCCAAAACAACUUAAACUAUUAUUACUGUAACUGCCGGGUGCGGGUGUGGUCUGCAGAAGGCUUCAUGUCAUGUCUUUUUGCUUCAAGUCUGCGCUUUCAACAGAAGAGAACGAAUAGAUUUAUAGAUCCAACCACCCCUCGUUUCUGUUCAGAUUCCCCUCUCUCGCUGACGUUUUAGAAGAUCUUGCGGAUAAAUUUGAGAAAGGCGAC